AUGAUGCUCUGGUUCGUCCUUGCCUCGCUGGCUCAUCACUAUGCACCUUUGAAGCUCCGUGCUCUCGAUGUUCAGCUUCCGGAACUUGCCAAUCGACUGGACUUUACCGACACCUUCAUCGCAAUGACUCCCGUUGCAAGAUCACUGAGCUCAGCAAGGAAUGUCCUUUGCAGACUCCAGGGUAGCGAACUGUGCAAGCCGAAAUACACUCGUACCUUCGCUACGCAGAAGGAUGUGAAAUCCAAGGCCACAAAGCCCAUUAUCUUUAGCGGGAUUCAGCCUACAGGACAGCCUCACCUCGGCAACUAUCUCGGUGCCAUCUCAAACUGGGUCGCACUUCAGGAACAGGCGCAUCUCGACAACGAAACCCUGCUCUUCAGCAUCGUGGAUCUUCACGCCAUCACGCUGCCACAGGACCCCAUAAAGCUCAGGAAGGAACGGCGUGAAAUGGCCAUCACAUUGCUGGCCUGCGGAAUCGAUCCAAAGAAGUGCAUCCUCUUUGAGCAAUCUCGCGUGUCAGGACACUCGGAGUUGACAUGGAUACUGAACUGCAUGACACCUGUUGGCUGGUUAACCAGAAUGACACAGUGGAAGGCAAAACUCGGUGUUGCAAGGGGCGUUCAGAGCCUUGAAGAUGCCAGUGCUACAGCAGCAUUAAAGCUGGGGCUCCUCGCGUAUCCAGUUCUUAUGGCAUCGGAUAUCCUUUUAUACAAGGCUACCAAAAUCCCAGUGGGCGAGGAUCAGAUCCAGCAUCUGGAGCUCGCUCGCGAUAUCGCCGUUACGUUCAACAAGACCGUCCAUAAGCCCUUUUUCCCUCUUCCGCGGCCCAUUAUCACGGAGGCAAAGAGGGUGAUGUCGCUGCGGGAUCCUUCCAAGAAGAUGUCGAAAUCCGACAAGUCGGACCAGUCGCGGAUCAACCUUGUCGAUACCCCUGAAGUCAUCUCCUCCAAGAUCAAACGUGCUGUAACGGACUCAGUCCGCGGUAUUUCCUAUGACAGAACCGAGAGACCCGCGGUCGCGAACCUGAUCGAGAUUUACGCAGCGCUGAAGCGCAUGAGCGUUGAGGAUGUUGUGAAGGAACAUGCAGAGUCAUCGAGUGCUGUGUUCAAGGAAGCACUGGUCGAUGUUUUGGUCUCGUCGCUAAAGCCCAUUCAGGAGGAGAUGGCCCGUUUGGAUAAAGAGGAUGCGUAUGUGCAGUCAGUGCUCAGAGAUGGGGCAGAAAGAGCCUCAGAGCUUGCACGCCCUAAUCUGCAGGAGAUCAAGACCCUGAUGGGGCUUUGCUAGUCAUAGCGCCUUGUAGUGAAUCAAAUUCGUAUAAAGUCGCAUGCUCGCGGUACAGCUGCCUGCCCUGUGGAGGCGUUCUUGUUUAUUUGUACUCAGCUCAGGAUCGAGAGCAUGGUCGAUUUUAGUGGCAAAAUGUUUUUUCGAUGUGGUCUGUGCCCACAUUUCAAAUCAGAUCGGGCCUUUGGCGCCAGACCCCGUACGACCACUGGGGCUGUCAAGAGCGCAGCGGGGAAUCAUUCGCGGCGCUGGCAUCGAGUGCCUGUUCCCUC